CGUCAUCUCGCGGUACAAGUAGGACCCACCCACCCACCGACCCGCGUGCAGCAAGGCCGUGUGCGCUCUUGCCACCCACCACCCUCCACGUCCCACACGCGUGUGCCCUCCUCAGUCUCCAUCACCACCGCGUCUCUGCGGGUCUCACGCACGCAACGCGAAGCGACCAACCAAAUGGCGGCGCUGCGCAAAGGAUUCACGGCCUCGGCUCUGGGGCGACUGCCUCUGCUCAAGGUCGCCCCGGCCGCAGCAGCCAGGGCGAGCUCAUGGUGGGCAAAUGUGGAGAUGGGACCCCCCGACCCUAUCCUGGGAGUGACGGAGGCCUUCAAGCGCGACACCAACCCCAAGAAGAUCAAUCUGGGUGUCGGCGCCUACCGUGACGACAAUGGCAAACCAUUUGUCCUGCCGUCGGUCCGAAAGGCUGAGGCCAUCCUGGAUGGGAAGAAGCAGGACAAGGAGUACCUGCCCAUCGGGGGCCUCGCCGAAUUCACCAAGGCCUCUGCGGAGCUGGCCCUGGGGCAGGACAGCGAGGUCAUCAAGAGUGGCCGAUACAUCACAGUUCAGUGCAUCUCUGGGACUGGCAGCCUGCGUGUGGGCGGAGUAUUCAUGUCGCGCUUCCACCAGGCCAGCCACGACGUGUUCCUGCCCAAGCCAUCGUGGGGGAACCACACACCCAUCUUCCGUGACAGCGGCUUGCAGCUCAAGGCGUACCGCUACUACGACCCUAGCACCUGCGGAUUUGACUUUUCUGGGGCACUUGAUGACAUCUCGAAAAUCCCGGAGAAGAGCAUCAUCCUGUUCCACGCGUGCGCGCACAAUCCCACGGGCGUGGAUCCCAAACCCGAGCAGUGGAAGGAAAUUGCUGCCGUCGUGAAGAAGAGGAGCCUUUUCCCGUUCUUCGACAUGGCGUACCAGGGUUUUGCAAGCGGAGACACCAACCGUGAUGCCUGGGCCGUGCGCUACUUCCUGGAGCAAGGUCACAACAUUGCGCUCUGCCAGUCUUACGCCAAGAACAUGGGCCUCUACGGCGAGCGCAUUGGUGCCUUCACCAUGGUGUGUACGGAUGCUGAAGAGGCCAAGCGUGUGGAGUCUCAGCUGAAGAUCCUCAUCCGCCCCAUGUAUUCCAACCCCCCGCUCACCGGAGCGCGACUGGCCGCCACCAUCAUGAACACCCCCGACCUUCGCAAGGAGUGGCUGGUGGAGCUGAAGGGCAUGGCUGACCGCAUCAUUGGCAUGCGCAGUCAGCUGGUCAAUGACUUGAAGAAGGAGGGUUCCACACACAACUGGCAGCACAUCACAGACCAGAUCGGCAUGUUCUGCUUCACGGGCCUCAAGCCUGAGCAGGUGGAACGCCUGAUGAAAGAGUUCUCCGUGUACAUGACCAAGGACGGCCGCAUCUCCAUCGCUGGCCUGAGCUCUGGGAACGUGGGCUACCUGGCGCAUGCCAUCCACCAGGUCAGCAAGUGAGCAGCCGAGGAGAAGCAAGCCCCAGCAACGCCAGGGCCCAUCUGUCUGCACCCACAGCACCUUCUAGUACAUGCGACAUCGUGAAAUACUACCCAUCGUGGGAAUAUUUACCUGCUCUUAUGGCAACAGGGAUGGCAAAUGCAGAAAUAGUAUUUUUGAUGAAAUUGGAUUAGCAGAGCUCAUUUUAAGUCGAUUACCAACAUUUCAGUAAUUUCAUUGUUGAAGCUGACAGAAUCUUGUGAAAAAGGGUAGGGGGGGUGAGGAUGCAUUUGAUCUUAAACACGGGUGGGAGGUUUUGUUCGUGACGAGGCAAUUAAAAUUAAAUGGCAAAUGCUUGUAAACUCUGUCGCACUUAAGUUGGCAAUGAGUAAUCAGUCCAGCCACUUUCAAAAGAUUAAACUUAAGCUAUAAUUAUUUGUGUAGUGUGCUAUAAUACAUCGGUGUGAUGUAGAUACCAAAACAAUAAAGAAUUGCUGAUCAUAA